UGGGCUGACCGGGUUAUAAAACCUGAAAGGGUUCAUCCGGAGCCCACUAAAGAUCUUGAGGACGCCUGCGAGAAACUUCUCAAGGGUGAUCCUGUGACCGGGAAACCUUAUGCCUAUGGAGGCUGGGUAUUCCGGCUAUCUAACCCGGAUGGGGGUGCGUCUGCGACCCAUGACGCUGAGGAUAACCGGGCUGAUUCCCCGGAUGGUCACGCUGAGGCCGGCUCUCCUCAUCCAGACAUGAACUUUAACAGGAUGACCACCAUCAUUGAGGAUGACGACGAUGAUGUCCAAGUCCUCCACUCCAACCGGUCUCCUCUAUCUAACUCUCCUGGAAUGGAUGGGGCCACAAGUGCCCGGUGUAGCCCUAUCCAGAGCCAAAAACUGAACUCUCCUCUAGCCACCCAUCUCUCCGAAAGUGACCGGGUCCCUUAUCCCAAGAAGGAUGCCAAGGCCAAAGGGAAGGGGACCGGUCAUUCUUCUUCUCAGAAAAGGAAGAGUUCUCACAAGACUUCCAGGGGGGAAAAGAGGAAGAAGGUUGGAGUUCUAUCCGAAGAAGUUGGCCGGUCACUCCUGGAGUCCAAGGACCAGGUCUCCGAACUUACCCUCCUUCUUGAUUCUGCCAAGUUGGAGAUCAAUGACCGGGCCGAGAGGGAGAAGAGACUUG